AGAUGUGAGCUGUGUCCCCACAAGGAUGGAGCCCUGAAACGCACUGACAACGGGGGCUGGGCCCAUGUCGUCUGUGCUCUGUACAUCCCAGAGGUGCAGUUUGCCAACGUGCUCACCAUGGAGCCAAUCGUCCUCCAGUACGUCCCCCACGAUCGCUUCAACAAGACCUGCUACAUCUGUGAGGAGCAGGGCAGGGAGAGCAAAGCUGCCUCUGGAGCUUGCAUGGCCUGUAACCGCCACGGCUGUCGCCAAGCAUUCCAUGUCACCUGUGCCCAGAUGGCAGGUCUCCUGUGUGAAGAAGAAGUCCUAGAAGUCGACAAUGUCAAAUAUUGUGGCUACUGCAAGUACCACUUCAAUAAAAUGAAGACCUCACGGCACUCCGGAGGGAGCUCCUUCAUCGCUGGGAGAAGGAGUCGCUCCACAUCCCCUACCCAGGAGAAACAUGUGUCCCACCAUGAAAGGCCAAAGAAGAGUCGGAAGGACAAAGAAAGACCUAAGCAGAAGCACAAAAAGCGAGCGGAGUCCCCCAGCAGCAUCCCCCCAGCCCCAGCGCCUGUCACCACCACCGACAAGGGCUCCACCAGCCACCAUGAGGGGAGCAAAGAGACCUCGGAGGUCAGCAGGUCGGAGGUGAAAGGCAGGAAAUCCUCAAGCCAUGGCAGCAGCCACAAGGGGAAAAAGACAGGGAGUGGGAAAAGCUCCGUUGGCUUCAGCUCAGCCUCGUCCAGUGGGACCUUCCAGCCUGCAGGUACCUCCUGCAGCAGCUUGCAGUGCUCCCAGGACUUUGUGACAUUCCCCAAACUCGAGCAGGACGAGGAGAAGUACCGGAAACCUGUCUCUUCCUCCUCCUCCUCCCACUGCUCCCCCCUGUACGAGGGGCAGAAGGGAGACGUCUUCGAGCAGAAGGUGAUCUUCUCGGGCUUUGGCUCCAUCAUGCGCUUCUCCACCUCGGCUGUGAGCCAGCAGAGAGGUCGAGAUGCCUCCCCCGUGGACUACAAAGCCUCCAACCCUGUCAGUGGCCCCUCGGUGGGCACCAGUGGCACCAGUGGGAGCAGCAGGAGCAGCCACAAGCGGAUGCCUUCGCUCAGCAUGGAGGAGGGAGAGGUGCUGAAGGAAAAGAAGCACAAGGGUAGCAAGAAGAACAAGCAUGGGCCUGGCAGGCCAAAGGGGGGGAAAAGCAAAGAGAUUUUGGGUGCCCAGCUGGCUGGGUCUACAUCUACUUCCUCAUCACCCUUCUCUGGGGGCUCUCUGGUGAGCUCCAGCAUCGGCAACUCUUCCCGGUCCUUCAGCCACACAGGGACUCUGCCCAGUCUCAGCAUGGAGUCCCCACUGCUGGGCUCAGGGAUCUACACCAGUAACAAGGACCCCAUUUCCCACGGGGGUGGAGUGCUCCGGGCUGUGUGCAGCACUCCCCUCUCCUCCAGCCUUCUGGCACACCAGGGCACCUCGUCCCUGCCACAGCUCAACCGCUCUCCCUUCGCCAGCACCAUCCCUGCCUCCUCCUCCUCCGUCUCCACCACGCAGGUGUUCUCACUGGCAGGUUCAACCUUCAGCCUCCCUUCUUCCCACAUCUUUGGAAGUCCCCUGACAUCUGGGCUGGCAAUCAACCCCCUCUUGAACCAGUCGGAAAGCAGCCGGGCAG